AUGGAAAAGUUCCUUGCUCGCCUGGAGCCUUCUGACGACCCCAAACAUUUCAACUCUUGGUACAAGGGUUGGAUCUGUCUCCAAAUGGCGCUCCUGUCACUGACCGCCUCGAUCGGAAGUUCCAUCAUAUCACCAGCAGAGACCGUGCUUUCAGCGUACCUUGGCAUAUCGCUGGAAGCAGCUGUACUUACAGUCUCGCUUUUCGUCCUGGGCUUCGCAUUGGGACCGAUCUGCUGGGGACCUAUCAGCGAAGUAUACGGAAGGCGAUGGUCUCUCCUGCCUCCUAUGUUCCUGGUCGGCGUUUUCAGCAUUGCCAGUGCCGUCAGCAAAGACACGGCAAGCUUGUUGGUCACCAGAUUCUUCGCUGGCGUCUUUGGCUCCUCGCCGAUUGCGAACGUAUCGGCAGCUUUGGGGGACUUCUAUGAGCCAAAAGCGAGAGGUGUCCCGAUGGCAUUUCUGGCAGCUUGUGUCGUCGGCGGUGCCUUGAUUGCUCCAAUCAUGGGUGCUGGACUUACUGUCAACAAGCACCUUGGGUGGAGGUGGACUGAAUUCCUGGAGGCCAUCAUCGCAUUCUUGACCUUUGCCGUUACAUUCGCCUUCAUGCCUGAGACUUACCCGCCGGUGCUGCUGAAGCGCAAGGCAAAGCAACUGAGAAAGAGUACAGGAGAACAAAGAUAUUGGCAUCCUCAUGAACAACAGAAGAUCAGCGUGCAGAAUGUACUCACCAAGCAUUUCAAUCGGCCGAUUCUCAUGUUGCUCACCGAGCCAAUGGUUAGCUGCAUGGCUCUGUACGCAUCCUUCGUGUAUGGUCUUCUAUUCUUCGCUUUGGAAUCCUUCCCCAUCGUAUUUGCUGAGCUACGGCAUUGGGAACUUGUUCCAUCGACUUUGCCAUUCCUGGGACUCUUUGUCGGUGUGAUCAUCGCUAUCUGCAUCAACAUAGGCAACCAACCUCGGUACAUGCGGGCUGUCGAGAAGAACCAAGGACGAGCUGUUCCAGAGGCUCGCCUUGCACCAAUGGUCAUUGGUGGCUUCUGCUUCUCGGGUGGACUCUUCUGGUUCGGAUGGACAGCAAGUCCGAGCAUACCGUGGAUAGUGCCCGUGAUUGCAUCUGCGUUCAUUGGCGCCGGCUUCAAUAUUAUUUUUCAGCAGGCGCUCAACUUCCUGGUAGACGCGUACUCUCUUUAUGCGGCGAGUGCACUUUCGGCAAAUGCUAUUCUGCGCUCAGCAAUGGCGUGUGGUCUUCCUCUUGCAGCGAGGCCUCUUUUCGAGAACCUUGGGGUUGGCCCUGGCGCUAGCGUGUUGGGAGGGAUUUCUUGUCUGGCUUUGCCCAUACCCUUCCUCUUCAUGAAGUACACAACUGUGCUCAGAAGCAAGUCGAAGUUCGCGCCUUCCGAAGAAUAA